CUGUUGUUGGAUGAUAGUUAAACAUCUUGUUUCUGCAGUUCCAAAUGCGGUUGAAGAUAUAAGAGUGUCUUCCAGGGAUCUGCACUUUGUACUGGUGAUGUGGCGGCCUCCAUCCUCUUCAGUAGUCGAGGAAUACAAGGUCACAAUCACUGAACUAUCUGGGUCGACUCAGUACGUUAACCAAAGUGAAGAGUAUGUCAGUUAUAAUGUCUCUGGCCUGGAUGCUGGCACACACUACACAGUCAGUGUGCGGUCAGUCAGUGGGGGGAGAAGUAAGGAGAGUCCAGCCUCAACACUGACUAUCACCACAUUGCCGGCCUCUGUGGAGAGUUUUGAUGUGACAACGGACACUGACAGUGUCCAUGUUAACUGGAGUCUGCCAGCUGACAUCACCUACGACUUUUUGAACAUCUCACUCUCCGCCGACUCAGGGGUGGUGGACUCGGUCUCCAGAAACAAGAGCUCUCCUGAUGCUCCCAAUCACAGAUUUAUCAAUUUGGAGUCUGGCAGUCUCUAUGUGGUUACCAUAGUAACAACUCUCUCUAAUGGCAUCAUGGGACAUCCCAUUAACAAGACAGCCAUCACAAAACCUGUCCCUAUUAAAGGCAUCACCUUUUCAGGCCAGCCCAAGUCAUACAGCCUGGCUUUCAGUUGGACCGUUUACCCCGCAGAAGCACAUGGGUAUAUGGUGACAGUUACUGACUUGUCCAAUGCAUCAAUCCCAAGAUAUGAGGAGACUGUCACAGGAAAAGAUGCCAAUGCGACAGGAUUGUACCCGGGCCAUUAUUAUGAAGUGGGCCUCCGUGCCUUUGUGAACUACACAGGAACUGUAGUGUACAGUGAUAGUGUUACUAAAAACACUACUACCAAGCCAUUACCUGUGCUGAAGCUUAACUGGACAAGUUCUCCUGCCGACAUCAUCGUGUCUUGGCAGGCCAGUGCCGAGGCACAAAGUCGCCAUGAUGCCUUUGAAUUCAGGUACCGUACUGUGCUCCGUGAUCCCAACAGCUCCUGGAUAAUCAGUAAUGAGACUCAACCUGAAGCUACCGUAAAAGUGUUCCCGGGUGAAAAGUAUGAUGUGGAGGUACGGACCCGCGCUGGUCACAUCACCAGUGAUGUCAAGCAAACAUCUGUUAUCAUAGCGCCCAAAGCCCCUCAGUCUGUGUCGGUGAUAACGGAUAGGACCAGCACUGACAGCUUGUAUGUGGACCUACAGGUAGACGAACACCUAAGUUAUGCCACCCACUGGAAUUUCACCUUAACACCCAAUUCUCCUUCCUUCCCCGUUGUCACCAAGAGCAUCGUCCACCCCUUUGUAAACCUCACAGAGAUAGGCGGGCUGAGGCCGGGUGAAACAUACACUAUAGAUGUAUAUUCGGUGACCGUGGGGGAGACAAGAAGUGAAUCGUCUGCGGCAACCUCAGGAACUGUUCGACCUGUUCUAGACACAGAGCUCGCAGAAUCUGAUGUGACAAACUCAACUUUGACACUAACCUACACAGAGAAUUCUCCUGUGUUUGACAGCUACUAUUUCCAGCUCAUCGGAGACAAAGCUGUUGUGCGCAACGCGUCUCAGUCGCGGGAGAUACACUUCGAGCAGCUUACCGGUGGUCAAAUAGCGACCAUCACGGCCUGGGUGAACAGUUCAGGUGUGACCAGUGAGCAGAAGACCUAUCACUUCCAGACAGAUCCUAAUAUGGUGCUGACAGAGUUUGUUGUGCACGCUACAGAGAUCAGCGUCAUCUUGAUCAAACCAGAAGGAAAUGUUGAUUAUUACAACAUAACAUGCUACAAUGGCUCAAACAUAUGUGGAUUUUAUCAUUUAAAUGCCUCUGAGAACCAGCAAGAAGUCAACUUCACAGAUCUGACUGCUUACCAAGAUUACAGCUUCACCAUUAUAACUGCCAGUGGCCAGAAGCAUGUGAACAAAACAUUUUCUAAACAGACUGCCCAGAGUGCGCCAUCAGUAGUUCGUAAAGUCAGUGCAAUUGUCCUGUCUCCAAACACUGUCCAGGUACGUUGGGAGAGACCUGAGCUCUCCAAUGGGGACAUCACAAAGUACCAGGUGCGCUAUGUCGGCAAGCUUGAGGGUAAAUCUAAUGAUGAGAAAACCCGCUGGUUGUCUGGCUGGGAGGUACCUCCCACUAACGUCACCUUGCCAAACCUACGAGCAGGCUAUACGUACACCUUCUAUGUCAGUGCAUACACUGUUACCUUAGGACCUGCAGGUGAUACCACACUGACAGUUGCUGCUUAUCCACCACCAUUCAAGGAUAGUUUGAAGACAGAGGAUCUUCUGCCCACAACAACGGAAGCCCCAUCGCCAACCACAGCCAAGCUCAAAUUCGUAAAUGCCUUCUCUCAAAAAGGUGGUGAGGUCAUUGCCUACACCAUCAUUGUGUCAACGGACAACAGCACUGAGCAGAAGAUGCCAGUUGUCUUACCAGGUUGGCAGACAGCACAGAACGACCCGGCCAUCAAAGCCUACCAGGCCAUUGCCAAUUGCACCGAGUUCUUCAGGGAGACCAGUGACUGUCACACACCAGCAGCCAGAAAGCGACGUAGUACUAACGAGCAGGCAGAAUUUAAUGUCUUCACAAUAGGAACGGAGAAGGGCUGUGAGCAGAAGGUGUACUGUAAUGGUCCCCUGAAGCCAGACACAGAGUAUUACAUCGCUCUGCGAGCUUUCACAGCAGGGGGCCCAAGUGACACACCCUACUCUAAAAAAAUAAGGACUGCUUCUAUCCCGGCAGAAUCUGACCCGGGCCCAGUGAUUGGGGGCGUGGUCACCGGUGUGCUGAUCAUCGCCAUCCUUGUACUAGCUGUUGUGCUCUACAGACACUGGCAGCGCAGACCCAACAUGUACAAAAAAGAAGAUCAUGAGUUAGAUUCGCAUGUGAAGAGAAGCUCAUCGCGACGAACCAAAGCCAGCCGAAUUGUAAAGCUGACAGACUUCCCUGACCACUUUAUGCUCAUGUCCGCAGACUCAGAUUACAGAUUUGCAGAGGAGUUCGAGGAAUUGCGGGAUGUUGGGCGCGACCAGUCCUGUAACGCAGCAGAACUUCCACAGAAUCGAGCCAAGAAUCGCUUCACGAACAUCCUCCCAUAUGAUCAUUCCCGAGUAAAACUACUUCCGACUGACGACGAAGAGGGAUCGGAUUACAUCAACGCUAACUACAUGCCGGGUUACAAUUCCAGACGAGAGUACAUAGUUACCCAAGGCCCUCUGCACUCCACCAGGGAUGACUUCUGGAGGUUGCUAUGGGAACAGAAUACUAGAAACAUCAUUAUGUUAACCCGGUGUGUGGAAAAAGGAAGGGAGAAAUGCGAUCACUACUGGCCUCAGAACUCUGAAAACAUGUUUUAUGGAGAUCUCCAGGUGGCUAUAUUGAAUGAAACCAAGUUCCCAGAUUGGACGAUUACAGAAUUCAGAGUUUCGCUGGGAGACAACUCUAGGAAAGUGCGUCACUUUCACUACACGGCCUGGCCAGACUUUGGUGUGCCCGAUAGGCCACUGUCGCUGGUGAAGUUUGUGACUACAGUGAGAGAGAAGAUGAUCCCUGAAGGAGGUCCACAGAUUGUACACUGCAGCGCUGGCGUGGGAAGAUCGGGUACAUUUAUUGCACUUGACCGUCUGUUACAACAUAUCCAGCACAAUGAUUGGGUGGACCCGUAUGGCAUUGUCUAUGAGAUGAGGUGUCAGCGUGUCUGGAUGGUUCAAACCGAGCAACAAUACAUCUGCAUUCACCAAUGCCUGCUGAGUGUUCUACAGGGCUAUGAAGAGGAACCAGUCUAUUGCAACCAAGCUCACGAUAAUGUGGGAUUUGAAGUUGACUGUGUGAACACAGAUGAUGAAGGAAUCAAUGUGGAGAUCAUGUGAUGCAGUGGACCAAUGGGAUGCUAGGUGUUCAACCUUAAUGAGGUCAGAGGUUAAACAGCAGUAGCUAUCAGCCUGGACAGAUCAUAUCUGCAUGAAUGUCAGGAGCUUGUAGAUCUAAUUUGAAAAUAUCGGCUUAAAAGUGUUUUGUCUGUCUCACUUUUAAAAACCCAAAGUUAAGAAAAGAAUAUAUUUUGUCACAUUUUUUACGGAGGCUGGACAAAUGUGUUAUAUUUUGUAAGUGGUGAUAUUUGUGAUGUUUUAUAAUCCCCUAGCUCUGAGUGUCCUAUACAUUUUGUACUCUAUAGUAGUUUGUAUUUUUAUUCUACAUUUAAAAAAAUGGCAUAUCACUUAUCAUGUGAGAUUUUCAGAAGAAGGUCUGGCUGUAUGUAACUGAAUGAAAUGGAAUAUUUUUGUAAAUAAAGCGGCUGACUUACAUGUAUGUACUGUAAACAUUUACUUGUUGAAAACAUAAAGGUAAUUUUGCUAUCCUUGUAAGCUGUAGGCCAGGCUUACUGUUAUCGUGAAUGGAGAUCUGUAUUUUCCACAUGUUUUUUUCCAUGCAAUUAAUCUCAGCAGUAUUUUGUACUGAAGCACACAUACCCAAGUUUUUUUUACACUGGGUUGUCGUAAAGUUGACAGUCUUUCAAUAUAAGGUGCUGCAAGAUUGCAAUCUUUAAGAAACAACUUUAAUGCAAACUGGAACAUGUGGAUUAGUUGGAUUAACGAGGAUUUCAACAGGUGGACUAACAGUAUUAGCAGUUUGAGUGGUUGAAUAUUUUAUGUAAAAAUAAAUAAGAAAAGGUUUUAUUUGGAUGUUUGUGCUUAUUACAUUUCACUCUUUUUGAACACUCUUGUAAGCAGGGUUUUUUUUUUUUAUCCCAAAAGAUUUUAUUCAUGUGUAUUUUUUAAUGCAAAACAACAAUCAUACAAGUGGAGUACAAGUUUACUUCAUGUUUCUGGUUUAGUGUUAGCCUUGUUGUAGAUAAACUAUCCAGUAUACGGGUGUCUGAUUAUGAGAUAGACAAGGUCAUCAUAUUACAGUUAUCUGGUGAAUUUCUUGUAGUAAAAAAAUCAGGUGUGAAAAUGUCGCCGUAACUGUACGGUGCCAUUUGUAUGAUUUGUUAAUUAUCUUUGUCAUUAGUAGAAUUAAUUCUCUUAGGCUGGCUUCCUCUCAAGCUGUAGGUGGGAAGGUUUGUCAGCAACCUGCAGAUGGUUGUGGUUUCCUCCCCCAUGCCCUCCGGCUCUGCCCAGUUUCCUCCCACCAUAAUGCUGGCUGUCGUGGUAUAAGUGAAAUACUCUCAAAGAUGGUGUAAAACACCAGUCAAGUAAAUAAAUAAAUAAAUAUUCUGACAGUAUAGAUAAUUAAGAAUUCUUUGUUGACAAGGCACUAAAAUUCUCUGAUGCUCAUCUUGUUGUUUUUUCUGCUUGAUGUAACCAAUCAUAAGUGUUGAUUUCACUAGAAUUCUGAGAUUGGAGGCAGUGCAAUUUUUUAAAAGAUAACAGAAUUGAAAUUUGCUCAGGUCUGCAGGCUUGCACACAUAUUUAGAUAACAAUUGUACAGUGCUCAUCACAGUGAUACACAGUGAUCACAGUUCAAAUUCUCAAAUGACAGACAUGUUACAAAAUGUACCUUUGUCUAUGUACAUAUCCAGUGACCUUAAAAUAACACAUUGUGAACACAAGUUUUCAGCUCACUAUAUAAAGUUUGCAAAUACAAAAUAUAUACAUGUGAUAUUUAAAUGCACUUGUACUGAGAUACCUUUCCAUAAAACAUUAUGCAGAUACAAGUCAUUGUUUACCUUAGUUCAUUUGAGUAUAAGAAUGUGAUCAUUGGUAGCUCUUAGCCUGUCAUUGGCUUGGUUAUCCAUGUAUGAAAUUAUGUUGAAAACAAUAUUACAGUUUAUCAGGAUUUUGUGCAGAUUAAUGUUUCCAGUCAGUCACAUUGUUAUUUGUUUUUUUUUUUCAAUUUUAUUUCCUUGAUAGUUAUUUUUUUUUUAUUUUCCUUUUUGCCUGAUGUGUAAAUUAGUGGUAUUCUAGAACUACUUGUAUGAACAUAUUUUGCAAGAUAGCCCUAUUUUGAACUCUUUACAAAUUUACCAUGUGAGCAACACGAAUAUGUACAUAUUCUGUUGAACAAAUACAAUACCCAAGAUUUUGUUCUUCUUUACCAUGAUUAUAUCAUAACUAAUGAUGCAGUAUUUACUUUUUUAGAUCCAAGAUAUAACCAAUAUCAGAAUUACUGUAGAGAAAAUAAGGGUAUAACUAUCAAAUGUUCAACAGCUAAACCAGACACACGUUACGUUUAUUUAGACAUAUAAAUAUAUUACAACAUAUUAAUGUUUGCCCUAGAAGUUUAUACCAUGUUGAUGCAAGAUGAUCCUGAUAUAAUUGUACAGGCACAUGCAUACAUAUACAUGUAUUUAUGUUUAAAUUACAUGUAGUUUUUAUUCUUGCCUUUACAUUUAAAGUUGUCUUAGUAGGCUAUAUUGCUUUAUCUGCCUUAGGUACUUUGUAAAUAUACACCUAUUUGUGUGAAUCUUUAAAACUUAUUCUUCAUAGUAUUAUUUUCAAUUUUCCAAGCUCUUAUGUAGUUGAUCAAAAUCAUUCCAAGAAAAACUGUAGGCUCUUGUGAUAUUUAUGUAGACCCCUGUGUUUGCUAAAGAUACUGGUUGUCUCACUUGUAAUGUUUAUACAGUGACAAGUAUUUCAAAUACACAAAUACAGUAUGUAUUAAAUGUUCAGGUUGAACCCAAAACCCGU